AGUGCAUGUAAUGUAUGGAUGGAUUGAAUGCAAUGAUGUGUUGGUCCCUCUUAUAUCCCUUUCCUUUUCCUCUCCAAACGUGUCUCACAUUUGUUGCCAAAGACUGAUUGUCUUUAGAUCUAACCAUCCCUUCAAUUAACCGCUAAUUUUUUGGCAAAACUGAUGGCCACCGAAGAGUGGACAGAAAGCACGGCUGUGGCCCAAGUGGGCGAACCCGUGGAGAUCAAGCUGUUUGGCCGCUGGAGUUCAAGUGAUGUUCAGGUGUCGGACAUCUCUCUCACUGAUUACAUCGCAGUGAAGGAGAAGUACGCGCGAUAUCUGCCGCACAGUGCGGGCCGGUAUGCGUCGAAGCGGUUCCGUAAGGCUCAGUGUCCUAUCGUUGAGCGCCUGACCAACUCAAUGCAAAUGCAUGGACGCAAUAACGGCAAGAAACUGCUGGCCGUCCGGAUCGUGAAACACGCCUUCGAGAUCAUCCAUUUGCUAACCAAUGAGAAUCCGCUGCAGAUAUUGGUCAACGCCAUCAUCAAUAGCGGUCCGCGUGAGGACUCGACUCGUAUUGGACGCGCGGGAACUGUACGUCGACAGGCCGUGGAUGUGUCUCCCCUGAGACGCGUGAAUCUGGCCAUUUGGUUGCUCUGCACCGGCGCUCGAGAGGCCGCCUUCAGAAACAUCAAGACUAUCGCCGAGUGUUUGGCCGACGAACUGAUUAACGCCGCGAAGGGCUCGUCCAACAGUUAUGCCAUCAAAAAGAAGGACGAAUUGGAAAGAGUGGCCAAAUCUAACCGAUAAAUCAAAUGCAUUGAAAUGUGUAUUAAUUAUAAAUUUCAAUAAAUAUUGUUUUGGAGAUA